AUGUCUAGCUCUGCGAAAGCUUUGGAUCCAGCAUUUCAGGGAGCAGGUCAAAGAGUAGGAACUGAAAUUUGGCGAAUUGAGAAUUUCCAGCCAGUUCCUUUGCCAAAAUCUGAACAUGGAAAAUUCUAUACGGGGGAUUCUUAUAUAGUCUUGCAGACAUCACAAAACAGAGGAGGUGCUUAUCUCUAUGACAUACACUUCUGGAUUGGGAAAGAUACAAGUCAGGAUGAAGCUGGGACAGCAGCUAUUAAAACUGUUGAACUAGAUGCAGUUCUUGGAGGACGUGCAGUGCAACAUAGAGAAAUUCAAGGCCAUGAAUCUGACAAAUUUUUGUCAUACUUCAAACCUUGCAUUAUACCAUUGGAGGGGGGUAUUGCAUCUGGGUUUACAAAGGUUGAGGAAGAAGAAUUUGAAACUCGAUUGUAUGUUUGCAAAGGAAAACGAGUUGUUAGAAUGAAGCAGGUUCCUUUCGCGCGUUCUUCACUGAAUCAUGAUGAUGUGUUCAUCCUGGACACUCAGAAUAAGGUCUUUCAGUUCAAUGGAGCAAAUUCCAAUAUCCAGGAAAGGGCGAAGGCUUUGGAAGUAAUCCAGUUUUUGAAGGAAAAGUAUCAUCAUGGGACCUGUGAUGUUGCAAUAGUUGAUGAUGGGAAGCUAGAUACAGAGUCCGACUCUGGUGAGUUCUGGGUCCUAAUGGGUGGUUUUGCUCCGAUUGGAAAGAAGGUAACCACUGAAGAUGAUGUGGUUCCAGAGGCCACUCCUCCUAUACUUUAUAGCAUAACUGGUGGUGAAGUGAAGGCCGUAGAAGGUGAACUGUCCAAAUCCUUGCUUGAAAACAACAAAUGCUACUUACUGGACUGUGGUUCUGAGGUAUUUGUUUGGGUUGGCCGGGUGACACAAGUGGAGGACAGAAAAGCUGUUAGCCAAACAGCUGAGGAAUUUCUUGCUAGUCAGAACAGACCAAAAUCAACACGAAUAACCCGGGUUAUUCAAGGUUAUGAGACACAUUCAUUCAAGUCCAACUUCGAUUCUUGGCCAUCAGGAUCAGCAACUUCAGGUGCUGAGGAGGGAAGAGGAAAAGUAGCAGCUUUGCUGAAGCAACAAGGCGUUGGUCUAAAGGGCAUUGCAAAAAGUACUCCCGUAACUGAGGAGGUCCCACCUUUGCUUGAAGGAGGUGGAAAGAUGGAGGUAUGGUUUAUCAAUGGUGGUGCCAAAGCUCCUUUGGCUAAGGAGGAUAUUGGUAAAUUUUAUAGUGGAGAUUGCUACAUCAUUCUUUACACGUACCACUCUGGUGAUAGAAAAGAAGAUUACUUUUUGUGCUGUUGGUUUGGAAGGAUAGUAUUGAGGGAUUUCACCAUCGUGAAAGAUUUAGUACAGCAAUGUUGGGAUUCUUGGUCUAGGUUCUGUGAGGACCAGAAAAUUGCUUCUCAUUUGGCUAACACAAUGUCCAACUCACUGAAGGGAAGACCAGUUCAGGGUCACAUAUUUCAAGGAAAAGAGCCACCACAGUUGGUAGCACUCUUUCAGCCUAUGGUGGUCCUGAAGGGUGGCUUGAGCUCUGCUUACAAAAAACAUGUUGAGGAGAAAGGUUUGACAGAUGAGACUUAUACAGAGGAUUGUGUUGCACUCUUUCGGUUAUCUGGAACUUCCGUUCAUAACAAUAAAACAGUGCAAGUUGAUGCGGUGGCAGCAUCAUUGAAUUCUACCGAGUGUUUCCUUCUGCAAUCUGGCUCCUCAAUUUUCGCUUGGAAUGGAAAUCAAUGCACCAUUGAGCAGCAACAAUUAUUAGCAAAACUUGCAGAAUUUUUGAAGCCAGGAGUCACUUUAAAACAUGCUAAAGAGGGAACUGAGAGCUCAGCCUUCUGGUUUGCUCUAGGAGGGAAACAAAGUUACACCAGUAAUAAAGUUUCUCAGGAGAUUGUCAGAGAUCCCCACCUAUUCGCAUUCUCAUUCAACAAAGGAAAGUUUCAGGUGGAAGAAAUUUACAACUUUACUCAAGAUGAUCUGCUGACAGAGGAUAUCCUUAUACUUGACACACAUGCUGAAGUGUUUGUUUGGGUUGGUCAAUGUGUAGACUUGAAAGAAAAGCAAAAUGCUUUUGAAAUUGGCAAGAAAUACAUAGCGAUGGCGGCAUCUCUCGAGGGGCUGCCUAAUAAUGUACCAUUAUAUAAAGUUACUGAAGGAAAUGAACCUCGCUUCUUCACAAUAUACUUUGCAUGGGAUCAUGCAAAAGCCACUGUUCAAGGAAACUCGUUCCAAAAGAAGGUGUCAAUUCUCUUUGGGAUUGGCCAUGCUGUGGAGGACAAGUCGAGUGGGAAUCAAGGAGGACCAAGGCAAAGAGCUGAAGCCUUAGCUGCUUUAUCAUCUGCAUUCAAUCCAUCCUCUGGAAAAUCAUCCCAUACGGGCCAGGAUAAGUCCAAUGGAUCAAGUGAAGGAGGGCCAAGGCAAAGAGCAGAAGCUUUAGCUGCUUUAUCUUCUGCAUUUAGUUCAUCCUCUGGAACCAAACCUUCUCUUCCCAAGCCUUCUGCAACGGGUCAAGGAUCACAAAGAGCUGCAGCAGUUGCUGCGCUUUCAAAUGUUCUUAAAGCUGAAAAGACUAGGCUGACACCCGAUGCCUCUCCUGUGCAAAGUCCUCCCUCAGAAACUAGUGCUUCUGCUGAAGCAAAAAGUGAAAAUGCUUUCUCUGAAACAGAUGGUUUUCAGGAAGUUCCUGAAGUCAAGGAGACUGGUGAAGCACCUGCAUCUGAAAGCAAUGGGGAUGAUUCAGAACCAAAGCAAGAGACAGUCCAGGAUGAGAUUGAUAGUGAAAGUAGUCAAAGUACUUUCAGUUAUGACCAACUAAGGGCUAAAUCGGAAAAUCCAGUAACCGGCAUUGAUUUUAAGAGAAGAGAGGCUUAUCUAUCAGAUGAGGAGUUUCAGACCAUAUUUGGGAUGACGAAAGAUGCAUUCUAUCAACUGCCGAAAUGGAAGCAAGACAUGCAGAAGAAGAAAGCCGAUUUGUUCUAG